AUGAAGUCAGAAGUUAUAAGGAAAGGGAGGAACGGGAAUUAUUUGGGUAAAUCUAGAGGGAAAUCUGAUUCAUAUCAUCGCAGAAACUCUUCCCAAAAAAAUGAAUUACAAAGUAAAACUAUACACAACACAAUGUUAAUGCUUUUGAAACUUCAGAAUCUUACUCUUUAUGGGUUUGGAACAGUCACAAGAGUUCGAAAUGAUCAUCAGUGA